UAGUACCCUAACAGGUCUGUUCUUGACUUGAUGUUGACAAAUAAGGGAAAGAGAUGAUUGGGCACCAUUCCUGGGGAUGCUGCAGCUGUGUCUGUCUGUUCCUGGAGGCUGGAAUACUGAACAGUGUUAGAAGGAACACUCUGCCUUCCUGUCAUAAUGAGUCCUUAGCAACCACCUAGUUUAGGUCACAGACAGGGAAAGCAGAGACAGCAGAGUCUUUGGCUCUUUCUGGUACAGAUACAUUGGUCUGAGGAAGUUGGGAAAGGAAAUUCAGUAGCACAGCUACAACCUUGGCCAUGGCGUGUGUAACAUUUCGAGAACCAGUAUCAGCCACAGUGGGAAAGCGGAUGGUGUUCACAGGCCCAGCUUAUGUAAAGGAUCACCUCCCUCAAGUUGCUCAGCACACUGCCUACAUAGGAGAAAAGCAUCCUGCAUUAGAGAAAACUGGAGAUCUCAGAUAUUUAUGGAGGCCUGCCUCGAACAGAAGCUUGCCAGCUAAAUAUAAACCUGAGUAUGUUGGUGAAAUUGGCUGGGGAAUACCAGAGUAUGAUUUUAUCAACAAAACAAGGCUUCAGACUGGCUUUCACAUCAAGUAUGAAGAGUUCAGUCAAGCGGCUAUUGACAAACUAAGCCACAGAUACCAGAGCCCAUGGCAACCCAAUCCUUCUAUUAUGGAUGCGGAAGGAAGCUCCAGUCGUGGUUUUAUUGCCUGGCACAUGGGGGAUUAUGAAGACACCAGCCAAAGAAACUCCAAACCGGCCGUCCUCCUCCAACAGAGCAAGGCAGCCCUGCCGAUAGGGUCCAGACCACCGAAGCUGCCAAAACUACCGAAAAAGGAGGAGGUACGGAUCAUUAUGGAGAGGGAAAUGGCAACCCACUCCGCUACUCUUGCCUGGAGAAUUCCAUGGACUUUUCUGAGUCAUCCUGGAAAAGCCUGA